UGUGAACUUAAUGUUGUCUUUCUAAAAAACUAAUUUACUAAGUUUCUUUCUAGACGAUGGGGCGGUUCAAGACAAAACAACGUUGUGCAUCCCAAAAUAUUCAUGGCGAGAAGAAUGAACAAAUGCACCAACUGAUUGACUCAAAAUAUAUAAAGGCUUCAACCAGAGACCGUCUUUGUGAACUUGCCCAAAUAGACUUUUUUAGUUUUCGAAAAAGGCACAAACUAAAGCCGCUUUCAUUUUGUAAAUCCUGCAUCAAAAACGUUGAAUUAGAAAACGGUGGAAACGGACCCGCAAGAAAACAAAACCUAUCACAUGUUAAUCACGAUCAUAGUUACAAUUCUGAAGGAAAAAAAGACAAUGAUAUAUCUAUACAAACAACAAAUACUAUUCUUGAUCUUGGAGAUAAUCACCAAGACUUGUCGAACCAAAUGGAGACGUUGCCAUCGUCAUAUUUAAAGAACCUAAUCUAUGCACUGGGGAAAAUUAUUAAACAGGAAAUAAAAACAUAUUCUAACAACUCAAACAUUGAUUUGGAUUUUGAAAAAUUACGCCUGAGCAAUGCAGAUUAUUUCACGUCAUGCCCAAAACUACUUGCAACAUUGCUUUUAAGCAUAUCUGGUGUUCCAAUGGACUAUACGUUUAAAUCAAGCAAUGUCCCUGGUCAGUAUCCAGAUGCAUUAGAAACCCUAGAAUACACGUUUUAAAUCAGCAUGAUGCUUGUACUUCAAGUAGUUACUACUUCAUGUUUGCUCUACAUACGCUUGUUUUACGUUAUAUAAAGCAUAUCCCGC